AACCAUAGUAAAGCGAAAAUCGUAUGUGUACGUAUCCUGUUCUGGUCACCAGAGGCAGAAUUUAGCAAAAAAAGACAGUAUAUAAGCAAAAUAGUUAAAUUUACAGAAGAAGAGUUGAUAUUAAGUAUCUGAGAAAUUAUAUCAAAGAACAUGGCAUUUUUUGAGAGAUUGUUAAACCAGGUGGACCUGUCUACUGUUUUAGUUGCUACGGCUGUAUUCCUGACGACGUUUUGGUUGCUGCAACAGUAUCGGAAACCACGAUUGCCGCCAGGACCUAUGGCAUGGCCCCUCAUUGGGAACAUGCCGCAGGUAUUUGGUAAGGCACUCCACCUUGCCCUGACCAAUCUCGGUGACAAAUAUGGACCCCUCGUCUGGUUGAACAUGGGAGGUGAAAAUGUUCUUGUGGUGAACACCAUUGAUUCUGCCAUUUCCAGUUUCGUGCGCCAAGGUCGUGUAUUUGCUGGGAGGCCGAAACAACGCAAGACCGUAGAGGUUCUUCUUGGUCAAGGGAAAGACAUCGUAAUGAGUGAUGCAGGACCUGGCUUGAAGUUUUACAGAAAGCUUGUACAUUCAUUUCUCUCCUCGCAGACAAAGGGAGGCAAAGUUCAUUUGGAAGACAUGAUCAUGUUGGAAACGGAGAGUUUGAGUGACAAACUGGCUCUUGUUUGUAAGACCGGUACGUCGUUUGAUCCCAAACUUGACAUAUCCAGAGUGGUAGCUAAUGUGUUGUGCAUGUGCAUUUUGGACAGGCGUUUUGAGGAUGUGGACGAUGCUUUUCUCGACCAGCUCCAUAUUAUUCAAGACAUUGUUGAUAACAUCGAAAGUUUCAACAUCGUCGACGUUUUCCCGUUUCUUGAGAGGUUCCCUAUUCCUAGCUGGCGCCGUUUCCUCGGCAGUUUAAAGCGACGGGACGAGUGGCUUACCCAAGUCAUAUCCGAACAUAAGGAAACACUUCGUGAUAACAAUCGUGAUUUACUGGACAUAUUGCUGAAAGAACAGCAACAAGCAAAGAAUGACGGGGACAGGGAACGCCUCGCGCUUCUCAGUGACGUCAGCAUCGGCCAUAUUGUUUACGAAUUAUUUGGCGGUGGAAUCGAGUCUACAACCAUGACCAUACUUUGGUUUAUUAUCUACAUGAUAAGAAAUCCACAGUGGCAGAAAAGAAUAUAUGACGAAAUCCACAGCGUGACAGGCUCACAUAUUUUACCUAAACCAUUUGACCGCUCGCGUUAUCCUGUCCUGGAGGCCUCCAUAAAGGAGACACUUCGUAUGGCGGCCGUCCUACCAGUUGGGUUCCCCCACAGGACUAUGGAGGAUACACAACUUUCCGGGUUCCAUGUCCCUAAGGACACCAUGGUUCUGAUGAAUAUCUGGGCUAUCCACCACGACAAGCAAGCAUGGCAUGACCCAUACUGCUUCAACCCGGGUCGUUUCCUUGAAGAGUGUCCGGGAGAAAGGUACAGUUACUUACCGUUCGGAAUUGGCAACCGAGUAUGUCUGGGAUCAAACAUUUCCAAAAUGGAAAUAUUCAUGUACUGCGCUUGUCUCCUCUCCAAAUACGAGCUCACAUGUCCGGCUGGUGAUCCACUUCCGGAUAUAACGGGUAUUCCCGGACUGACCCUGAGGCCAAAACCAUUCAAGAUCAAGCUGAUUGAGAGGUAAACUAAAGAUCAUCUCUUCAAGUUUAGAAUGAAUGGUGAGCCCAUUUACCAUGAACUUAGAUUUGUCGCUGUUCCUAAACACGAUCUGGUUGUCGACUCUUACCACCAAAACCAUUUCCGAAGGGAGUGGCUUGUCACUUCCGGUAAUGCAGCGUACACAGAAAGUUGGAGAAUUGCGCGUGCUAGGUCUAUGAUCUAUAUCGUCACUAAGACAGAGACUGUAAAGCCGAAAUAUCCAACGAUGAUAUCUAAAAUCAAGUUUAAGAAUACAAGACUUGGAUUCGUUUUUGACUCAAAUGCAAUACCAGGUGAUGAACAGGCUGAUGGAGUAGGAUGUUUUCGGAAAACAUGAUGGCUUUCACGAUGUAAAUGCCAAAUGUGUGAAUAUAUGAAUAAGGAUCAGCCUAUCGCUUUUAACUUAUACCAUAGCAAGAUAUAUAUGGCUUAUUCCUAAUAUUGUAUAACUUUGUAAACACAGGCUUUGUAUUGUGUAUCAUAACAGAACAGUCAUACUACUUUCCUUUCUACAGUAUUGUUUGUCAACAGUUAUUUUUAAAUCCAGGCAUUUUGUAGUUUGUUCUGUUUUAAUAAUGAAAUAAUGUUAUCAUUGAACACUGUGAUACUUGUUGUGAUAUACGAAUGAUUACUUACUUUUGUGCGAGUUUAUUUUCGCGUUAAUAGUGAAGAAGGUACCGCAGACAUCCCAUUGGCGUAAAUCGUGAUUUUUAAUGUCUAAACGAAUAAGUACAGGAGGUUAGUUGCGUGAAAUUAAACUCACGCAAAAUAUAUGUAAUCUUCAGAUUUGUACGAUUUUUUGUAAUUUAUUUUAUUUUAGAGAAUAAUUAUUUCUUAUAAUUGUGCUUCAAACAUGAGGAAUUAAUUGAAUUGUAAAAUUUUCGAUAACAAAUAAUAUUUUUUUUAUAUAAAUACAUACAAGCUAUUUAACAUGAAAAUUUUAAUCUCUCAAAAUGUACUGAGUGACAGUAACUGUAUGUGCAGAGGUAUCAUGCCUGUUGACAUAUAAUGGUAGUGAUAAAGUACGUUAAACAAAUGUCUAUUGUUUGCUUUAUCGAUUAUCAGAUGUCUUGUCCAUGCCUGUUUCAGUCAAACUACGCUUAACGUUAAUAACGUUAACUGUUCCAAUAUUUUGCCAAUUUAAAAAAAUUCUGAGCUAAAUUUUAUUCCUAAAUUGCAUUACGCAUACGUAUAUCAGGCUAGCCUUACAUCUGUUAGGCGUGUAUGCCGGGAGAGACGUUGGCAUUGUUCCAUCUAAGACUGGAUAUUUGAUCACGUAUGUAGGUCACUGUGUAACCUGGUCGAUUGUUUUCAUCUGUGUGUUUUCAGUGCAGAGAGAGCAGACAUAUAUACAUUGUAUAGAGGUAAUAAUUAGUUCAAUUUCGAGAUCGGGAAAAUGCUUGUAAAGGCUAAAUCGCUCUACAUAAUGUAUAUUGGCACACGCAACGUCGCCAGCAGGUCGUUUUUAUACACUAAUAAAUGCUAACGAAUGCCAGCUUCCAUUUGAUCUAUGUACUUGUAUAAGAUUUUCUGUUGAUGUUCCUCUUGUUAAUCAAUGGUACGUAUGUACUCAUAAAAUCUACAGAGGGACUGACUGAUUGAUGGCACCGACAGUAUCAUCACACGUAGUAAUUAACAUGCCAGAGGAGGUCUGGGAAUACUUGUCUAUGUAUAAUUUGUAAGUAUUCAUCUUCUCCUGUCAAGCUAACUGGACUUCGUUGUCUGUAAUCAGGCCAUCGGCUACAUAUGGUGAUGUGUGUGUUAAACCACAUUUUCCCCUCUCUAUCUCUGUUAUAUUUUGUUAAAAUCUUAUCAUGUUACAUUGUACAUUGUAUAUCUAUGAGAAAAUUAGCAGUAUAUUGUAAUUUCUCUAUGUAAGCGAGUAAGAAUAUCGUCGAAUGCGCUUAUCGGAAUGUUUGGCAACUGUAGCUCUGUUAGCUGAUAAACAUUUUUUAGUGCUGCGUGAUAAUUUUGUCAAGUCAUGUUGUGGCCAAAGACAGUUUAAUCAGUUCGAGUGACAUAGAUAUUUUUGUUGAUAACAAUAAAUUGUACUGUUAAAACUAUCCGGGACAUUUUAUAACUCAUGAAGAAAAGUUUAAAGAUUUUUCGAUCAAUUUAUUUAAUUGUGAUUGUUAAUUAUUUGCAUUUGUUAAGCUUACAAAUCUAAAAUUAACUGCCUUGAUAUGCAUAUCCAUUCUGCAGAUUAUAUGUGUUAUUGAGAACGAUACUUUUGGAUUUAGAAGAUUUUAAAUCACCUAUUUCGAAAGACCUGGUGGUUUGAGAGAACGUUUAUUGAGUAAAGUUUUGACCAAAAGUUUAUAGUAUCGAUAUAGUUAUUAAAUGUCACAUGAAUUUUACAUUGACAAUUGGAAGCUUUACCACUUUGUCAAUGUUUAUAUAAUGUAAAUAUUUCCGUCCAGUACUUUGACUAGGCUAGUGUACACUCCGUGUUAUUAUGUAAUACCACAUGUGGAUGCGUCCAGAAACAUGGUCUUGUGAAAUAUAUAAGGUGGCUAAUUUGUUCAUUUUUGUUGUUUUGUCUUUUUUUUCUCUCGAAAAGACGAGAAUCCACAAACCUUAAUUAUCGUUGUUUCGUCUUUUCGCCGCGAAAAUUGAACGAUAACACAACGAGAAUUGUAAGUUACUGAGUCCCGUCUUUUCGGGUCGACAAGUACGACACAAAUGACACGAAUCAGCUACCGUAAAUAUAGGGCCUUCAGACGGUCUUCCUCUACCGGUAAGAGGCCAACCCGACUAACUGUCGACACGUUGUGAUGUAUGUGUAGAGUAGGUAUGUACAAUGUUUAUGCCAGUACAAUGUUUAUGAUUUAUACACUAACACUGUAGCUACCUUUGUCGUACAUGGAGUCGACAAAACCUCAUCUACCAAAGAUCUAUCAAGGUGAAAUCAGGAUCUGAAAUAGUUUCUGUAGUUUGGAAUCUUUAAACAAAUCAUACCUAUAAGAUAUGUAAGAUAACACUUUUCUGAAUAGGUAUUUUAAAGGAUAAGUGACGCUGGAUACCAAUAGUUCCCGGUGAUCGUUAAUGUUUUACAGAAAAUUGUGCACAUUUUACAUGUAGUACUACUGAACAAAAUCAACGCAAUACUUUUCAUUGUAAAUAAAAACACUUUUGCUGUAAAUAUUGACAAUUUUAUAAAAUGUACGUUAAGUUUUUAUAUACACCUUGUUGUUAACUUAUUGUUCUACAAAUGAUUGCAUUAUAUAUAUAUUGUUUUAUUAUGUUAACUUUCAUCUCUGUAUAUCGUAAUCAUUUAAACAAUAACUGGUUUGUCUGGAUGUAAUGAUUGUUGAUAUAAUUACAAGUGGCCUCUGGCAAAUCCCAUAAAACCCGCUACAUUCAGACAACCAGGUAUUUUUUAUAUUUACAUAUUUUUCUUUUUUAACACAUUUUAUUUGUAAUAAAACCAUUUGCCCUGCCUCAAAAUACAUUUCAGACGGCCAUUUUGUUUGUUUACAUAUUCCUACACCUGAAACAGGCAGUUGUAAUUAUAGUCGAGCAGUUGUAAUUAUAGCCUAUAUAAUUACACUUGCCCUCUAACACUGUUGUAAUGGGAUGGCGCGGGGGCAAAUGUAAAUAUAUAUAUAUACCUGGUAUGAUGAUGAAUAUUACUUCAAUACGUUGUUAUUUGUUGUUCUACAGCCCUACUUGAAUAAAGCAGCUAAAUCAUUUAUA